AUGGAGGUCGGGGAUUUCGGUCGCUUCGUGCUCUACGCCACCCACGGCACGCAGGCUCAGCCGCCGCCGCCGCCGGUCUUCGUCGACGAUUUCGACACCGGUCCGGAGGCGCGGCUCGACCACAAGGGCUUCCCCAGAGUGUUGUUCCUCUGCGACAUCAACACCCGCUCGGCCACCCGCCUCCCGGACCCCGAGCGCCCCAUCUUCCGCCCAGACCCAGGCAGGGUCGGCCUCCUCGCCACCAGUGCGACGAACUCUAUCAUCCUGCACCUAGAGCACUUGCUCGGCACCAACCAGGCCACCCUCCUCUGCUACAUCUCCGACCACGGCCGUUGGACCGUCCAGGAUCUCUACUGCCCUCCAGGCGCACCAGGCCAGCGGGAGUGGAGGGGAGGGGACGGCGUCAUCAAGUACAUGGAUCUCAUGCUUUGGGUUGAUCUGGCAUGCGGCAUUCUCGCCCUCGACACCAGCGGCCUCCUCCUGCAACGCCGGCCCGAACUGCGGUAUGGGCCGCUCCCUGAUGAAUGCCAGAGUCCAGGCAACAAUGGUCUAGCACGAGAGCGAUGCGUUGGUGUGAGCGAAGGGAUGGUCCGAUUCCUUGAGAUCUCAAAUUAUGAGAGGAUUAGGUUGUGGACACUUGUUGACAUAGGCACAGGGGGCUGGACUCUUGAUCAUCAGCUUGACCUCGAGAACCUCUGGGACGAGGAUGGUUUCAAGGCCAUGGGCCUGCCUAAUGACUGUCCCGCUGUCGCAUUUAUCCACCGUGAGCAUGCCACCAUGGCAUACUUCUUUCAGGAGUCUCAACUAUUCCAUGUUGACAUGAGCACCGGCAAGUUUAUGGAUGUACAGUACUUCAUGAUGAACAACCCGCCGGCUGAUUACCACUCUUCCAGAUUUGUUCGCCCUUGGAAGCUUCCGCAGUCACUCUUCUCAGGGAUAGUUAAUUUGUCUAAUGGUCCAAUCCGGAGAGCAAAAGACAAAGCACCACCUGGGGGUUACCCACUGGAGGGACUUACCGGGCAGGCAUUCAUAGGAUGAAUUGGAGGAACAUGAAGCAGCAAGUGUUAUGGCUAACUGUCUCCUAGGUGGAUUUAGUACUUAAUACAGGUUGCGGAGUGGUCUCAGCGGAUGAUAUGGUCUGUUCUGGUGGCAUGCGUGUUCUGGCAAUCGUGGAGUUCUGCGCACAAAAGCAAACUAGGUUAACAUGUCGUUUUUUUGUCCUGUCAGACACAGACAGUGAUAGCAUGUUGGAACAGUAUCGUCGCUUUAGUUUUCUAUUCCUCCUGGCAUGGAACGCUGAUACUCAGAGUAGUUUUGUCUUGGUUGAUAGUGAUGCUUCCAGACUUUUAAGUGAUCACUUGAAUCUGCUGGGGUGAUAUGAAUCUCUUUGGUGAAUUAUUGCUUCUUCAUUUCCCC